AUGGCUAUGGCCAAAUGGCCAAGGGUCAACACUGUAUUAGUAUGUCUUCGUGAAACUAACCAAUUAGAAGCCUUGUUAACCAUGAUUCGAGACAAAACAACAAAUCGUGGUGACUUUAUAUUCUAUUCGGAUAGAAUUAUUAGGUUACUUGUGGAAGAAGGGUUAAAUCAUUUACCUGUGGUGGAAAAAACUGUUGUCACCCCAACAAGUAAUGAAUUCAAAGGUGUUGGUUUCAAGGGCAAAAUUUGUGGUGUUUCUAUUAUGCGUGCAGGUGAAGCUAUGGAACAAGGCUUACGCGAUUGUUGCAGGAGUGUAAGGAUCGGAAAGAUUUUGAUACAACGUGAUGAAGAGACGGCACAACCCAAGCUUUAUUAUGCCAAAUUACCUCCGGAUAUAAAAAGUCGAUAUGUUCUUUUGUUAGAUCCAAUGCUUGCUACUGGUGGAUCUGCUAUUAAAGCCAUAGAAGUAUUAUUAUCUCAUGGAGUAAAAGAAGAUAAAAUAUUAUUUUUGAACUUAAUUGCUGCUCCUGAGGGUAUUGAUGCUGUUACGAAAAAAUAUUCCCAACUUAAACUUAUAACGGCCUGUAUCGAUAAAGGAUUGGAUGAGAAGAAAUAUAUUAUACCUGGUUUAGGUGAUUUUGGUUACAGUAUCUACUUACGACUUUAUAAAAUACAAGCUAAAAUGGAGAAUAAAAAGUAUUUGAUGGCCGAUAAAUUUGAAAAACUUUCUUCGGGACCGCAUACUCCUUCCGAUGAUAUGAACGAUCCAAUCAAUUCAACACUAGAUUCUUUAACAGCUGCCGAUGAUCUGGAUAACCACGAAGAACUUUACGAAGACGAUCGUAGACGUAAUAGAGUGGAUGACGAGGAAUAUAGAACUCGGCGAAGAGUAACUACUAGUAGAUCUCAAUCACCACAUCGACGUUCCAGAUCUCCUCGACGCUCUAGGUCACCUCGUCGAGAAAGAACACGCUCACCGCGUACACCGCCAGCAAGAGAACCAUAUACAGAUUCGUAUCGUCCAAUACCACGUCAACCUCAUCGUUCUGAAAGGGAACGGGAUAGAAGAGAAAGAAGUCAUUCAAGAGACAGACAUAUUAUUCGUAACGCUAAUUUUAGACCUGAUAGAACUUAUGGUCAAAGAUUAUCAGCAAGAGAGUCGGCAGCUAUAAAUGCUUCUCAGAGAUCACAAAAGGAAUGCCGUGUUUAUGUUGGUAAUUUAGCGUAUGAAGUAAAAUGGGGACAAUUAAAGGAUUUUAUGCGUCAAGCGGGUGAAGUUGUAUUUGCCGACGUAUUAAUGCAACCUAAUGGCAUGUCAAAAGUAAUGAAUAAUUCUCUCGUUUCUUAUCAUUUAGUUGUUGAAUAUCGUACACCUGAAGAAGCUAGACGAGCUAUUCAAACACUUAACGAUACACAUUUACUGGGAAGGCCUGUAUUUAUUAGAGAGGAUCGUGAGUCAGAGGCUAAAUUCGGUACAGGUUUAAAUAUUAGACCUGAAAAAUCUGUUGGAUUUCCCCCUGCUGGAAAUCAUCACCAUCAUCCAAAUAUAUCCAGUAAUGCAGGAAGACAAAUCUAUGUAGGAAAUCUACCGUUCUCUGUAGGAUGGCAGGAAUUAAAGGAUCUAUUUAGAAGUGCAGGAAAUAUAAUUCGAGCAGACAUUCUCGUUGGUCCUGACCGACGACCUAAAGGCUCGGGAACUGUGUUAUUUGAAACACCAGGGGAUGCUUCUAAUGCGAUUUCUAUGUACGAUGGGUACGAAAUGAAUGGUAGAAGGAUUGAAGUCCGUGAGGAUCGUUUUGCUGGAGGACCACCACCACCAAGAUUUUCAGCACGUCCUCCUAGACCUUAUGGAGGCGCUAAUCAUUUUCCUCAUGGUGGAAAUGCAGGAUUUUAUGGUGCACCACCAGCCCCUAAUCCAACAGCAUAUCCAGGAGGUUAUCAAUCUAUGGUUCCUGUUCCAGAUCAAUACGAUGGAUAUGGCGGGUAUAAUGAUUUCGGCGCUGCAGGUGCAGGGAUGAUGGAUUAUGCCGGUGGAUUUGGUGGAGGUUACGGUGCGCCAUACCCAGGAGCUGCAGGAUAUGACGGGUCGGCGGGUUUCUACCCUACACCUGGUGCAGCCGGUGGGGCGGCUGGAAAUCAAAUCUUUGUCAGAAAUCUACCGUUUACAACAACAAAUCUCGAUUUAAGAGAACUUUUCAAACACUGCGGAAAUGUAAUUAGGGCCGAGAUUUUAGAACAAAAUGGAAGACCUAAAGGUGCCGGUAUAGUUUCAUUUGAUUCUAAUGAAUCGGCUCGAUUUGCUGUCGAAAAAUUUAGUGGAUACACAUAUGGAGGUCGUAUUAUCGACGUGAAUUUUGAUCGAUAUGCAUAA